AUGCGUCGAUUCUUCACGAUCUCCCUUCUUCUCGCCACCAAGGUCGCUUCUCAACAGAUUUGGGAUAUUUGGCAAACGACAUGGGACCGCUCCAAAUUAUUUACCUCGCUUAGUCCAUCAACGCCCAUUAAUUUCGUUUCGCCUGGCACUAUUGGCAGCGCCGAUAUCGAAGUGGACGACACGUCGACUUACCAGUCGGUGUGGGGAUUUGGAGGUUCUCUCACCGACUCUGCAGCCUUGAUUUUGAACAACCUGAAGUCAACCAAUUCCGCCAACUAUUGGACAUUGUUGGAUUACCUCUUCAAUCCGACGGAUGGGGCAAAUGCUGCUGGGCUAAAUUAUAUAAGAGUUCCUCUGGGCGCGUCGGAUUUCUCUGCUGGACCGUACAGCUUUGAUGACACUAGUGGCGACACGUCCUUCAGCAAUUUCAAUAUCAACGAUGCACCAUCCUACCUUUUCUCGGUUCUCAAGGACAUUUACUCUGUAAACAACCUCAUUAAGGUGCAUGUUUUGCCAUGGUCCCCACCAGGUUGGAUGAAGACCACCGGAACAAUGAACGGCGGAUCCUUACAAUCCACGUAUGUUGCUUCUUAUGCCAACUACCUUCUCAAAUGCCUCCAAGGGUUCCAAAACAAUGGCAUUCCACUGUACGCUAUGUCCAUCCAGAACGAGCCGGAGAACAGCGAUUCAACCUACCCAUCUUGUACCAUGCCUGUCUCUGUGGAAGCUCAGAUUGGGACGGCACUGAGGACCCUGAUGAAUGACAAUGGAUUCUCCUCUGUGAAGCUCAUCGGGUACGAGCACAACUGGGCCGACGCUGGUACCUAUCCCAUUCAACUCAUGGAGGCGGCAGGAGACUCAUUCGCAGGGGUAUCUUUCCACUGUUAUGCGGGUGAUGUCACUGACCAAGAUACAUUCCAUACCGCGUACCCUACCAAAGAGAUAUAUUUCACUGAGUGCACUGGAACCAUCGGGAGUGAUUGGUGGUCUGAUAUCAAGUGGUAUAUGGAUAAUAUCUUCAUAGGAUCGAUAACACACAACUCCCAUUCAGGCCUUAUGUGGAACAUUGCUCUAGAUGGAAGUGGCGAUCCCGUGUACCCCGGAACGGACAGCUGUGGGGGCGGUUGUCGGCCCAUUGUCCAGGUCAACAGUGACGGAACUUACAGCCUGAACCAAGAAUUCUAUUCCAUGGCCCAGGCAUCUAAAGCUAUCAUUCCGAAGGACACAGGUGGGCCCUUUGGAAAGCGAGUGGGAGUCACCGUGGGUGGAAGCUUGAGCUGGGCACUCCAAGUGGGAGCAUAUGUCACAGAAAGGGUUUCUUCGACCGACUGGCUAAGGUACUCUUUGGUCGUUUUGAACUGGGAUGAUACAACGAAUGGUACUUGGGACCCAACACCCGUGCAGACGACCAUCGAGUUCAGGGGUAUGCAGGCUACAUACACUUUCCCUGUUGGUGUCACUACGCUCUGGUGGUAUGCCGCGCCCACAUCGUCACUAAAUGCCACGGUUGCACAAGAGCCAUUUGAGAUCUUCGCGGAGACUCAGCCAUUGAAGGAGAAGAUCUUCGCACCUUAUGCUUGGCUACACAAGUUUGUGACUCAAAUUGGGAUCAGUUGA